CAGUGGGGACCUCUGUUCGACGAGACAAGGUUGACCAAUCAGUGUUUUUAGAAAAUACUGAGAACGAGAUACUACAAAAUAAAAACAAUAUGCAUUCACCUGUCUUCACGUCGGACUCUGGAGUCUACCACAGUCACAACCACAGUGACAGACAGGAGGUGGUAGACGUGGCGUCUCAGUUCGUGGACGAUCUGCUACGUCAGGCCCAACAAGAGGUUCAGAACAGAAAGAUGGCACAAGGAGCGCCGCAGCCCGCAUCUGUUGAGCUUGAAGAUGAGGACGACAUUACCACAAUAUCAGGCUUGUUGAAAAGAGGGAACCGAUGGCACUCGAGGGCUCGGCAGGGAGCGAGAGGGUUGGUCACAAGACUUAUGACGACCCUACGGCUGUGUAAAUAAACAGAGCUUGUAGCAGCGAGCAUACACGGUGAUCAAUGAGCAUGCACCGAGCAUCAGUGAGCAUCUAAACUGAGACGCAGUGCUGCAAACUGUGUAUAGAAACAGAACAGGAGCAUUAGGUCAAUAACAGUGGCGGUAUAUCAGUGUUUGAGUGUAAAAUAAGUGUGCAGAUAGAAGUACUACUUUUCCUACCAAAACCUUCAACGUUUGAUAGCUUUUGAAAAUGUAUAUAUGUAUUUAUAAGUACUUAUGGAAAAACCUCUGAGUACCUAGAAUAUUUUUGACGCUGUGCACAACACAAGAGGUUUAGUUGAUGUAUGAAAAGUUGUAUAGGUGGGAAAUAACAAAGUAUAAUGAUUAUUUGUGUAGAAUAUGUAUAAUAAAUUUGACAUACUGUAUAGCUUAUAAGCGCCUCAAUCCGGGUUUGAAAUGUUUUAUACUGUGUAAUGAGAUAUUAAUAUUGUAUUUUUUGUUUAUUGAAAAGUAAAACAACUUUUUGAAAGUCACAUUUCAAAAAACACAAAAUUUAUAUGGGACAAUGUAGGCCUACUAUUGCGUCAGCAACGAUGAUUUUCAAAAUCCUUCGGUUUACGAAGUUAAAUCUAUGUACAGAUAAUUUAAACAUAGACAUUGAUGUAAAAUUAAAUCAUAUUGACAAACUGGCCAUUUAAUUGGGGAUUUGUACCAUAGGUACAUUGGCCUAGAUUAGGUUGCUGUAUUGAGAAAGGGUUAAGACUCUCAUUAAGAAACUCUGUUCACAACUUGGUUUCAGGAAAUUUGUAUUGAAUGCCUUUUUAGCACUUCAGACAGUAAUUGUUAAUAUGUGCCAUCAUGAUACACACAUUAUCAUGGCAGAAUGUGAAACAUCUCAGAAAGAAAUUUAGGGUUGUAUCUAGUAAUUUUCCGAAUUGAUUCUGAACGUAGGCCUUUAAAAGUUUGAAACAAAGCUAUGUUUUAAAAAUGCAUUGCUUCAUUUGAUUGAAUAAAAAAAAUUGAAAACUUAGCAACUAAGUUUCAGAAACAAAGUUGUAAUCUAAAAUAGAUAUCUCAAUUAAUUAUGUUUACUAUACAAUUUACCAUGUGAAGCUACCAGAGUGUCGUAUUCAUAAUAAUAACUGCCACUUAGAAUAGUGAUCAUCAGUGUCUUAACAAUGUUUAACUCUCAUCAGACCUAGUAGAUCAGUAAAAGUGAUUAUUUGGCCCCUUUUCAGGUUAGGGUAGAUAAAAAUGUAUAGAACAUACAUAAAUUUAAAUCGAUUUAAAAAAAAUGAAAAAGCACACAUUUACAAUCGGUAAUUAAAAUUAAUUUCAAUUGAAAAUUUGACAAAAAAUCCUAAAAGGUCCGAAAAACUUAGAAAGGGAUCCCUCGGCCUGGCUUAUGGAUCCCUUCAUUUCCCCAUACGGAAUUUUUCCUUCCCCAUUGAACGUUAAGCCACUGAUGGUGUAAAGUGACCAUUAUAGUGACUAUGAACAGUGGAAGUUUUGUAAUGUUACCAAUAGAUGUCUUAUGGUGUUUCCCAGUCUAUGUUACCUAACGUCGUUGCUACGAUAGAUUUUUAGUACAAACUUUGAUAUGCUGCAUAACUUUGUGACAUAAUUUCUGAAGAAAAGGUGUUAGUCUAACCUCAAAAUUAAUCUGAGAUCGAUGUGUUCUUGUAUUUUUUACCUGAAUUGUAAUGAAAUAGUUUUGUCCAAAUUUAAGGCUGCUAGAUUUAAUUUAAUUUUAAAUAUUUCAACGUGAAGAACAGUUGGUGACGAAUUCUAAAAUAACCUCGUCAUAUUUACUGAAAAAUUUAGGUUCGGCUAAAACCAAGCUUCAUUCUAAAUACGUUUCCUCUAAUUAAUUUUUAAAAGUCGCUUUAAAGCUUUAAUGCAUUAUAAAAGAGUGUGCAUUGUAAAGUUAAAAUUAUGUAAUUUAAACAAGCUUUUUACAAAUCAAUUUUAGUUUUCUCCGUUAUUGAAUUUGCAUACACUGCUUUGAUAGAAAAGGUCGAUAAAUUAUACAUUAUUACAACAGUAAAAGCUACCAACUGUUCGAUUUCUAAAUUGUAUUUAUAUACUAUUUUACCUUAAAUCGGUGUGCCACUCCAGCUAUAGAUUACUGUGAUCGGUGUCAUUGAAUACUAUAUUUUACCAAUCAAAUUGUUCAUUUAUUUAAUCAGUGUAAAAAUGUUUGAUGGUUAAAUGUUAUGGUAAAAUACAUCAAUGAAUUUUAUGAAACAAAAAUAUCAAAUGCAAUAAAUAUCAAGCAAUGCAAUCUCAAUGUUUAUUUUCUAGUGAAUGUUUCUUUGCCGUCAAGACAACUGGGAAGCAAAUGGUGGACAAUACUUAAUCUUAAUACAUAUCUAACUAAUAAUCUGUAAAAUCUAUUUUUCUAAUAGAUUCCUUAUAAACUAUUGUUACAAAACCAAAAACGUUAUUUUAAUGUCACAUUUUGUAAAUUUUGGGUGAUUGACGAUUGUAUAUUUUAAAGAAAUCUGUAUACUAUUAAAAUUAUCGCCCAGCUUAACAUGGGAAUGAGGAGUGUUAGAAUAAAAUGUCAACUGUGCUAUCCAAAAACUAUUUUUGCUUCGGUCUGUAAACUAUUUUUUUUCCUUUAUAAUUUUUUUUACUUCAAAAAAUAAAUUGUGCUCCUUAACAUUUAAACGUUAUAUUCCUAUCAUGUUUGAAUUAAUUUUAAUUCCAUGUAUUGUAUUCAUACUCCUUACAACAAUUACGUUGAAUGGAUUUUUAGUCAGUUUUGGGUGCAAAUGAAUUUGAUUUAUUGUAAUUUUAUCAAUGCAUCAGAAUUGUUUUGUAUGUCAAAUAAUUAGUUGUUUGUUAUUUUACUUCGUAACAAAAUAUAUUCUAAACAAGAAUAA